AUGAUUCUUAAAAAUUUUUUUUUAAUUACUCAAGCUGGAGAGAAGGGAAGCUCCGACUUGCUGCGUGAUCCACGAGGAUUUGCUAUGAAAUAUUAUACAGACGAAGGCAAUUGGGACUUGGUCGGCAACAAUGCCCCAAUAUUCUUCAUUCGAGACCCAAUCCUCUUCCCCAGUUUUAUCCACAGCCAAAAGAGAAAUCCGAGGACAAAUCUGCACGACCCAAAUAUGGUUUGGGAUUUUGUGUCGUUGAGGCCUGAGGCUAUAAACAUGAUAUUGAGGAUAUUUUCUGAUUUGGGAACGCCUGAUGGGUUUAGAAAGAUGCAUGGGUUUGGAACUAAUACGUUCAAAUUGGUCAACGCAAACGGAACAGCCGUUUAUUGCAAAUUUAAAUUAGAAUCGGUUCAAGGUGUUCACAAUUUAACAGCAGAAACGGCUGCAAAGUUAGCACAGGAAGACCCAGAUUAUUCUACGAGAGAUUUAUUUAAUGCCAUUGAAAGAGGAGACUUCCCUAAAUGGAUUUUUAAAAUACAAGUAAUGACAUUCGAACAAGCAGCAAAAUAUCGCUACAACCCCUUUGAUGCAACAAAAACUUGGUCUGAAGCAGAAUUCCCUUUAAUAACUGUUGGACAAGUAACACUAAAUAAAAACCCUACCAACUUUUUUGCUCAAGUGGAACAGGCUGCUUUUGACCCUGCAAGGAUGGUUAGGGGAAUUGAAGCUUCUCCUGACAAAUUACUUCAGGGCAGAUUAUUCUCCUACAUGGACACUCAACAUCACCGUUUAGGCCCUAACCACAUGCUCUUGCCAAUAAACAGACCCCUUAAACCAGCAGAAAAUACACAGAGAGACGGCCUAAACCAAUUUGGAGAGAAUGGGGGAGAUUCUCCCAAUUACUACCCAAACUCUUUUAGAGGGCCUGAACCUACUGGGAAGGCUGCUCAAGAAAGCCAGUUUGUUUUAGAGAAGGAAUUAGUUGCGAGGUUUGAAAGUGGCGAUGAUGAUAAUUAUUCACAACCUGCGGAUAUGUGGAAAAAUCAAUUAGACCACGGAGCACGUAAACGCUUAACAGAAAACAUAGCAGCUUCAUUGUGCCAAGCAUUGCCCAGAAUCCAAAAAAGAAUGCUUAACGAAUUCGGAAAAGUUUCAAAAGAUUUGCAAAGAAUGAUCGAACAAGAAAUAAAAAAGAGACAAAAUUAUUAA